CCCGCCGACCACGACACACCUAAACGUCGACCUCGAUAGUAGAAAGAACAAUUAAACUAAAUCGCAGGAGCUGAUUUCAAACCUGCAUUUAUGAAUUCUACCUCUUCUUUCCUUUUCCAGCCCUGAGGACUGCUCUGUGUACAGCUGUGUUCAGGAGAUUUCGUCUUUUUUCCAACAAAAUGGAUCCACACCUGUUCCUUCUGUGGGUUAUGGCAGCUCCUUUUACCUCUGUGUCCCGAGCUGCACCGGUCUCGGACAGAUUUGUGGUUCAGGUCAAAUCGUCGGUCUCAGUGCGUAGUAACCACUCGACAACACUACCAUGCUGGCUCAGUCCAUCCCAGAGCGCAGAAAACCUGGAGGUCCGCUGGUUCCGUAAGAAUUUCGACACCCCCGUCAUGCUGUACCGGGCCAAAACCAUGGUGGAAGACUCCCAGGAUGCGUCGUACGUUGGCCGGGUCUCCUUUGGCUUAAAGGAUGCAGGGUCUGGUGGGUUAAAGGACGGGGAUGUGAGCCUGAAGCUGGUCAACGUUACGCUGGCGGAUGCAGGAGAUUACACCUGUUACGUCAGCAGCGAUGAGGGUUACGACAGUGAGAUCGUGCAGCUGAUCGUGACUCAAUCUGGAGCUUCGCCUUUGCUCUCAGUCACACGUGACCAAGACGACCUGGUGAGUGUGAGCUGCGAGUCCAAGGGCUGGUAUCCAGAGCCUCAGCUGAAGUGGUCCGAUCAGAAGCAGGAUCUGACGCCUAAAGGUCUGAAGUCCACAAAAGAAGCCUCCGGUCUGGUGUCGGUCCACAGCUGGAUCCAGGUCUCCAGAUCGUCCACUGUGUCCUGCUCAGUGGGUCUGGCUGGUGAAGAGGCCGUAGAGGGAAGGCUGCGCUUGGAGAACUUCAGUCCUAACCAAGGAUCCUCAGCGGCUGGAUGGGUGCUGUUCGCUCUACUUCUGAUAGCGGUCAUUCUCGGAGUCCUGUUCUUCAAAUAUAAAGAUCUCAUUUUAAGAAACAAAUCCAAAUCGACGAGUCACAAUGCUGAAGAUAGUGAGAAGCUUCUUCCACACGCAUUUGCAGAGGCCAACGAGUGUUACGUUAAUGUCAGACUUGAAGAUACAAAGAAUGAAUUUCUCACUUUCAGAGGCAAUAAACUAAGAGACUCUAAGGAUCCUGGUGGACAGCAUGUCACCUGUACCACAGCUGUGAGGGGAACAUCUGGAUUUUCUUCUGGAAAACACUACUGGGAGGUUUCUUUGUGUAUUGGAGGAAAUCAAACGGCAGAAAAUCAAAUAGGUCCUAAGCAGUCUUGGUGGGUAGGGGUUACAAAUCAGUCUCCUAUUCCUGCGGACUGUGACUUCCCUCCGACAGCGGGUAACGGGUUCUGGUUCCUGUCGUCUUCUCCAAAUAAACCAGGAACCCUCCAGUUCAGCACCAACCCGGCAGUUUCUGUCCAGGUUCAGUCCAGUCCGAAGACAUUGGGUGUGUUCUUAAACUAUGACAACGGAGAGCUUUCCUUUUAUGACGUAGAAAAGAAGACCCUCAUAGGUACUUUAACGGCUCAGUUCACACAUGAAGUAUUUCCCCUGUUCAAUCCUGGUAAAGGUGAUAAAGCACCGAUGGAGGUAAUCCAUAGAAAAACAGAUGACGAACCCGAACCCACAGCGAAUUCAGCACCACAACCCACUGAGUAACCACAGAUAGGUGACAAAUUAAAGGAAAAACUAACACGAAUAUGCAUAGAAUUAUUGUUAUUUGAGGAAAGUUGGUAUUUACAUUAGGUAAGAGUGUGUUCAAUAGAAAACUAAAGCCUCUGAUUAGUUAACCCUUAAAGAUUUCAAACUAUACUUAUGGCAGCUUCCAAAUGAUUUCUGAUAACGUUUAACCUUUCCUUUUUCAGCAAAAAUUUUGUAUUUUCCUAUAUUUUUAAUUUACUGAUUGUUUAGGUGUUCAUAAAACCUAAGAGUAAACUUAAAGGUUAUUAGAUCAAAAUAGAAAUAUGAAAAAAUGUGACUUUUUCAACAGAAUACAUUAUCAAAUGAAUGUAAAAACAAGCAUCUACAACAGGGCUGUAAAAUCAUUCUAGUUCAUCCCAAUUUUACCUAAAGUGGGUCAAAUAAAUAAUCUAUUCUAUUUGUUUUAAGUAAAAUUACAUUACGAAAAUGUGAAUAAUCGGAACAACUGUACAACCUGAAAUUUCUAAAGAAUAAUAGCAAUCUCAACAAUAUUAUGUCUUAGCUUAAUAUUAGCACAAUUUAUAUAUUACAGCAUAUUGCUAAAACUGCAAUUAUUUUUCUUUUUAUCAAUUUCACAUUGUUCAUAUUUGUUCAGGUUAUUCACAUUGUGAAAGGAUAGUUUGUAAAUGUCAAUAUUUCAUCAAUAUUUUUUCCUUUUCUCAAAAAAGUAGAAAAAAAUUUGGUUUUGCCACCAUUUCUAGGUCAUUAUGAUGCAUUUAUGAUUGGGCCCCUGACACAUUUGACUACUUGUAUCUUCAGUGUAAUUUUUUUGCACUGCAUUUUGCACUGAAGGACCAGAUCAGUCCCUUUGGUGGGCUAGAUUUGGCCCGCGGGCCAUAUGUUAGACACUCCUGAUCUGCAGUCACUGUCAUUUAUCAAACUCCGUGGGUUUUACUGGUGAAUAGUUGGAGAAGUUGACAGUGUUUCCACGUUUACUACAGAGCGUCUGAGCUUUAUCGAACAUGUACAUAAUUUGUGAAUAAAAUAGAGGAAGAUAACAGAUUUUUACUGAAAAAUGCAAAAUGUCUUGGAUAAAUAUUAUAAUAAAUGGUUAUAAAUGUAGACAAAAACUCCUUCUGAAGUCGACACAAAAAUAGUUUUAGGUCUUUAAGGGUUAAAUCAUUCAUCGAGCGCUAUAUGACACCUCAAUCACUAUGAUCAGAGUUUUCCAUUAAUGUCACGUCUGUGUUUUGAUGAUUUUUAUUCUAUAAAUCUAAUGAAUCAACAAAUAAAAACCUAGUUUUAGGGUCUGAAGACACUUAAUUAAGCUGGGUUUUAUUUUACUCAUAGUUCUAGAACAGCUGAAAAAUAAGUUCUCUGACAAAAGCAGUUAGUAUCAACUUCUUUCCUGGUUGAGAGACUAUUUAUGAAAACAGGAAAAAAAAAAACAGGAAAAAAGUAUCUUCAUUUUUAGGUUUUCUAGAUCUAAAUAUUUCUAAGGUUCUUCUCCAGGGAUGUUAAACUCACUUUAGUU